AUGCCUUUACUUGUAGCCUACCUUCAAUGCAUGAUCUUGGUCUUUAUUUUCUUUCUUGUUAUUAAUUUUUACAGAAAGAGAAACAAGCUGGUCCUCCGCCACUUGCCCAUCUUCGGAAUUUUGCCUGAAGUGCUUUUUGAUUUCCACCUCUUCCAUGACAAACUCAGUAAAAUUUUGAGGACUAGAAAGGGCACAAUUCUCAUCAAUUACUGGCUCUCCCCUUACAAUAUCUUAAUCACUAGUGAUCCUGCCAAUGUUCACUACAUGCUCACCACAAACUUCUCAAGAUAUCCCAAAGGUUCUGAAUGGCGAAAGCGAUUCGACGUUUUUGGCCGUGGCCUUUUCAAUUCUGAUUUUGAAGAAUGGACGCUACAGAGAAAAGCUGCCCGUGGAUUCUUUACUCACACGAAAUUUCAUCAGCUCACUGCAAAAAUCGUCCCGGAAAUUAUUGAGAAGGGAGUCAUCCCUGUUUUGGAAUACGCCUGUAAAAAUAAUUUACAAGUGGAUUUGCAGGAUUUGUUGAAGAGGUAUGCAUUUGAUUAUGCGACGAUUAUCGCCACCGGAUGUAACCCGAAAUCUCUUUCUGUUGGAAUGCCGGAAAUUCCAUUUUCAAAGGCGUUUGCUGAUGCGGGUGAAGCGAUAUUUUUCAGGCAUUUUGUACCGGAAACGCUGUGGAAGUUGCAAAGAUGGUUGAGAAUUGGCAAAGAAAGAAAAUACAGAGAUGGGUGGAGGGUUAUUAAUGAGUUUUACCAGAAUCUUCUGGUUAAACAAGAUGAACCCAGAAAAGAUGAAGAGAGUUUCAAUGUCCUGAACCUUUACCUGAACCGAAAUGCUAUCGUUCUACCUAGAGAUAAUGAUGAGGAGAUCAUGAGAGACAACGUAAUCAGCAUCAUUUUCGCCGGCGAAGACACAACAAGUACUGCACUUACUUGGUUCUUCUGGUUGGUCUCACAGAACCCGAAAGCUAUCAGCAUAAUCAGAGAAGAAAUUAAACUCAAUGCAACGCCAAAAGACGCCAACAAGGGCGAUGAGGAUCGUCCUCGUUUGUUCAAUUUCGAUGAGCUGAGCAACCUUGUUUAUCUGCAUGCAGCUUUAUGCGAAUCCCUGAGGCUGUUCCCCUCGAUUCCUUAUGAAACCAGGACGCCAACACAGCAAGACCAGCUUCCAAGCGGGCAUAGGGUGAACGAGAAGACAUUUGUGAUAAUUUGUGCGUAUGCAAUGGGGAGAAUGGAGACGGUGUGGGGCGAAGACUGCUAUGAAUUCAAGCCGGAGAGAUGGAUAACAGACGAUGGAGGGAUUAAGCAUGAGCCAUCGCACAAGUUUUUUGCCUUCAGUACGAGGCCAAGAAUGUGUCUGGGCAAAGAAAUUGCUUUUGUUAUAAUGAAAGCCAUUGCAGCAGCUAUAAUAUAUAACUAUGAUAUUCAAGUGCUAGAAAAUCCGCCUGUGAUUCCUAGUCUCAGUAUCAGUUUACGCAUGAAACAUGGAUUAAUGGUUAAGAUUAAUAGGAAAUCGUACUGA